AUGGCUACCUUCAAUGAAAAGAAGACCUGUGGUCAGCGCAUGGAGGCUUUCAGACGCUUUGUUUGGAAUCCAGAAACCAAAGAAUUAAUGGGGAGGACACCUAAAAACUGGGUUUUCAUCAGCCUGUAUUAUGCUGCCUUUUAUGUUGUGAUGUGUGCGCUGUUUGCUCUGUCCCUGUUUGUGCUGUUGUACACAACAGACCCAUUCACUCCAACUUAUCAAGACAGACUCAAAGCACCAGGUGUGACGAUACAACCGCAACCAAAAGAUCUCAAGAUCACCUUUAAUAUCUCAGAUCCAAAGUCCUGGCACCAUUACGUCAAUGACCUUCAACAUUUCCUUUCAGCUUAUAAUGAAUCAGUCCAGGAAAAAGUCAAUCACAACUGCACGAGUGGUAACUAUACAUUCCAGGGAGGACAUGGCCCUAAUUCCAAGUUUGCCUGCCGAUUCAUCCGAAACAUGCUGAAGAACUGCUCUGGACUGGAAGAUCCUACUUUUGGAUACAAGAUUGGUCAGCCUUGCAUCUUAAUCCGAAUGAACAGGAUUAUCAAUUACUUGCCUGGAAAUGGAACUGCCCCAUAUGUAACUUGUGCUGUUCUGCAUGCCUAUCCUGAGAAUAUUGGAAAAAUGGCAUUUUACCCUGAAAAUGGCACUUUUGACUUGUCUUACUUCCCUUACUACGGCAGACUUCCACAGCCAACCUACAUCAAUCCACUGGUGGCAGUAAAAUUCCUGACGCUGAAAAGGAACAGGAUGUUUGAAAUUCAGUGUAAGAUUAAUGCACCAGGAAUGAUCAGUGAUAACCCCUAUGAAAGAUUCGAAGGACGAGUGAUCUUCACACUGGAUAUCAAAAAAUGAACGUGAUCUAAAGGGGGAAGUCUUGGGUGAUGUGAAUGUGUUUUGUAUAUAUUUAUACCAUUCUGCAUUCUGGACAAGUUUUUAGACAACGUUUUAGAGAUUUCCUUUAGAGCAUUACAUCUUCACUUCUAUCUAUGAUGUAUUCUUCGGCACCUGAUCUGUAUAACCAUGAUGAUUAUUGAAUGUGCUUAGUGGUCUGGAUUAUCAUUGGCAAAUCCCUAUUAUAAGAGGUCAGUAUUUAACUGCAGGGCUGUUAAUCCCGCCAGUGACACUGUGGUGGAUAUUAUUUUUAAAUAAACCUCACACAGGCCCUCUUCCUUUCCUACUACGUCUCCUCCUAACUGUAUGCCUUUUAAUUUUCCUUCUCCAUUCACCUGUCCGUACCCCAGUGCCUGCCCUCCUUACCAACUUCUCCCUUUCCUCACUCUCCAUCUUCGUCCCUCCCUUCUUCUUCCACCCUCUCUGUCGUUCUUCCAUCACUCACAUCGUCCAGCUCUCCAUUCAGCAUCCUCUUUUCCACCCCUUUCUCCCUUUCACCUUCCCACCUCCCUAGGACCAGCUUUUAGUUCCUCUUCUGACGUAAAUAUCAUCGCUUUUUAGUUUGCUUGACUAUUUCCCUUUACAUCCCCUAUUACUGAAUCUCUCAAGUAGUAAAGAAUUAGCUGUAACAAACAAUAUGCCAGAGGAAUUCAGCAAGUCGAGCAGCAUCUGUGAAGCAAAAGGAAUCUUCAAAGUUUCAGGUGGAAACCCUACAUCAUUCCAACGUUCUUCAACCCACUGAAUUCCUCCAAAUAGCUUGUUGUUUCAGCAUCUGCUGUCUCAUAUUUCCAUAAAGAAUUGUC